AUUUGCACGCUCCGCUUUCCUACUCCCAUCUUUUUAGGGUUUCCUUGUAACGCUUCUCUUACUGUCUCUCUAUCACUCUUUCUCUGUCUUCACAUCGCUCUACGUCUUUCUGCUCUCUCAAUCAAUCUUCUCUCUGUUCUUUUCAUGCAUCUAUGUUCAAACAAUUAUUUCUCUCUCUACUACACAGUGAUUCGGUGUUCAGUACCCUCUGUCAUUCUGUGCUGGCAUGGUGCUUGUGCAACUGGGACUGCAUUUUUCGCUGACGAGGCACAUGGAUAAUAUCGCAGGCAGCUCUUUCCUCUCGCUCCCCCUUCCAUCUGUCUCUCUCUCUCUCUGAAGCACCGCGGAGAGCAGGCCUGAACUCCACUCUUGUCUCCACAACGUCUAUCCCCUCUCCUCCUCAGGGCAUAGUGGAUGUCCCCUGACUCCAACUAUUGAUCUGAUUCUGAGCAUCUCAAGGCACAGCAGAACAGUAUCUUAGCCCAGCUGCAUUGAGAGUUCAUGCCAAGAGUUCCAGCUGCAUUGAUAAAUAAAGCUUUACUUACAAGUAGGUACGAGAAGGGUUUUUAGGCUUUUGUUUUAAAGUAUAUACUGCCAGUCUACAUGGAAACGGCGCACACACCCACACAGCUAUACCGCUAGACGAUGAGAGCUAGCCUUAAGCAUGAAGCUGUAACAAAGCCAAAUGAUUCAGCCAGGCACUCUGGUGUAAAUAAUCCUGUGUCUGUUCUGUUGUGAGGCACAUAGACAGCAGCAGUAACAACAGCAGUAACAGCAAGGUCAGUCUGUCCUUCUCCUAGCUCUGCGGUUGUCCUGCUGCUCUGAAAGCGUUACUAAGCCAUGCUAAAAAUGCUUCCUUAAUGAAAUGUGAGGGAGAAACUCCUGUCUGGUCCUGACCAUUUCUAUAUAGACCUUCAUGUGAAGAUAUAGAUAUAUAUGUGACAUAGACCCUGAUGGGUUGUCAUGGUGGGUGGAUUGAUCAAACCAAGCUGAGCCAUGUAGCACCAACCCACUCACUGGCUCAGGAGCCCACUGUAGGUGGGCGGUAGAGAGGAGUGGAGAGGAGAGCAGGAGAGGUGGCCUGCCUGCCUGGGUAAAGUGGCUCUGUUGCUCCUGCGCUAUUGUCUAUGGAGGGGCGCUGAGAGCCGGGCUGCAGCACGACAGCUCCUGUCACACGUGGAGAGAGAGAGGACUGUCACUUCAGACACAUACGCUCACAUAAUGCGUAUUACACACACACACACACACACACACACACACACACACACCAGACCUUUCAUUUCAGUGAAAUUGCAGCUGAUCAGCUUUGAAAUUUCACAGCUCCACUUAAGUUUGUCUGACCCCCCCCCUCCCCCUCGUACUCCAGCAGCAGUGACAUGGCUCUGGGGUGACGGGGGCAGUGACAGUCGUCAGCGUGUCUCACGUCAAGGAGCUGGCUGUGUGUGCAGCGCCUCUCUGCGCCCCUCCCCUGCCACUCGUGUGUGUUCUGAUCUGUAGGCAGCUAGAGGUCUGUGGUACUUUACUGGGAUCUGUUUUCUCUCUCUGUCUUUCCCCUCUGUUCUCUCGCUCUUUCUCUAACAUUGUUUUUUUUGCAUUGCAUGUGUUAACUGGCUAUCAUUCGGUACUAGCUCUCUUACUCUGUCCUAAUCACAACACCUUUUCCCCUCCCCUCCCCAUUUCUCCAAUGUCCCCUACCCCUGUUCCCUCCUCCAAAUCCCUGGCCCUGAAAGAGAGAUGCAGUGGGCAGCCUCAGACACACAUACACUAGCGUUCACACACACAAGAGCAAACUCUAUUUAAAAAAACCACCUGUGCACAAGCUGUUCUGGCCUCAAACUUGAGAGAGAGAAGAUUGAUUUCACACCGUGCCAUUUAACGUGAUGUCCUCCGGCCUUUUACCUUUGGCUACUGAGACACUGCACCAAGCCAGGGUCAGCUACAUCACAGCACCACUGACAACAAUAUUCAGAGUCAAACCUCAGUCAGAUUAGAAGGAAACGUACAUGCCCAGGGAUUUAUGACAGGUCAAAGGUCAUACAUCACCCUCUCAUGGUGCAGUACGACUGCAGUAACACACUGACCCCAGCCCACCCUCAGUAUGUUAUCACGGGUGCUAACAGCCAUUUGGUGUCUCUGUUCUGGGUCCAGGUGCUGACAUCAUCAACAUGAGGUGGGUCUGACAGACUGUGACGGUGUACCGACUGCUUAAAGGCCAUGUUGUUGUUCACAUCCAUGUAUCAACAGAGCUGUAGGUGUCUUUGAAAUGAUCAACCUUGUAUAGGUGUUUUUUCUUUUCACUGCCACCCACGCGCACGACAACAUUGCUCGCCCGCCCACACACAUACACACUCUCGUGCGCGCACACACACAGAGCCUGGAGGAACACACACAGACUACUGUGCUGUUGCUCAGGCACCAGCUGUAUCUUUCCUCUGCUCCAUGCCGUGUGAGUGUUACACUCCCACCGCCUCCCAGCCUGGAAGAUUACCAAGGGAAAGGUCGUCUGCCGUCAGUCACUCGUCCCCUUUCCAACCCUGACCCGGCCUAGGGCUCCAUCUCUAUUUAGCAGCCGCUCCAACACUGCAGGAGGCAGACUGACGAGGUCAGUUAGAUGUUUUUAAGGUCAUUGAUGGUCAUGGAUCCAAUGGUCCUGACCAAGUCUGUCCACCGGUUAAGUCACAACUCCUCAAGGUCAACUGAACAGACCCAAGGUUAGGUAACAACUGCUCUCCAAUAUGGUGGUGCUAAGAGGGCAGGGCAGGGAAGGUGUCUGUUCUAUUUGGCCUGAGUCCCUUGAGGCCCAUGCAGGGACCGUUGUUUCCAUUUAGUCACACCAAUCUGAGCCUCAGCAGGGAGGAAUGUGAGCGUGCAAGGCAGACAGACAGAGCGCCAAGGACAGCGGAGCUGGAAAAAGAGCUUUACAAGGAAGAGGAGAGGAGAGCUGCCCCCCUGCUCUGUCCAACAGACCAGGCUCCACCAGACUCCUGUAAAAACACACAUUCCACAAGGGGACGAGAGCGGGUGACGCCUGACUGCGACCCUCUGUUUUGUACUGUCACAUAGUUACUAGUGUCUCUCUCUCUCUCUCUCUCUCUGAAAUCUCACAGAGAUAAUCAUAUUAAAUAUGACCCAAGUUUUGGUUGAUCUAUUUUCGGACAUUAUUUUCUGGUUAAGUGGAUUAGCGUGUUGUCUGUUCUAUGGGUUAAGGCCUCAGACAGUGAUGGUGCAGUAAUCCCCAUUUUAAAAACCUCCUGUAUAAUGCAAGGGGCUUCUGAACCUCCAGUGUGAGGCUCACACACACACACACACACACACACACACACACACACACACACACACACACACACACAAUUACACCGUCAGCAUCACAAGGUUUGAAGACGCACACACGCCGAGGUUCCUGGUAUGGUGCCCCCUGUAUACCUCUUCCUUCCUUUACCCCUAUCUAUUUGGUUUUACCCUCCCUCCACCUCCCCCCCUCCCAUGCACUGUGUCAAUGACCGCACAAUGCACAUUACCCUCCCUACCAACACUCUCGUGUGGAUUUCUCUUGUUUGGAUAACAUUUUCUUUUUAUUUCUCCUAUAUUAACAGUAAUCGUUAAAGCAGUUAGUUUAUUGACAUGCCUAGUUACCACAUUUCUGUUUUGUGUACAGUGUUUUAUACAUUUUUUUAGGGCAAAAUAAAGACUUUAGCUCUUUUUAAUAAGAAAAAGCUAGAGAACAGAUUGCAGUUGAAAGACUUAGUGACUGGCCGGUUUCUUACAUUGUGUCACGUGUGACUGUUCUUUUGACAGCCCAGUAUUUUAAAGCCAGGUUCGUAUGGAAAUGCCUUCACUCCACUUGCACUGCUGUUGGAACUCGCCGUCGUUGCUUUUCCUCGUCCGUCUGUCUGUUUUCUUCUUCAUUUAGUGCGUUCAUUCAUCUGUUGUUCAGCACACAGCCUGCGCCUCAUCUCCGCCCUCACACUCUGCUCAGUCCAUUCUGAUUGGCUCAUCGAUCAGUCUCAGCCGUUUUGGACUGAAGUUUCUCCCCCUCACCAGCCCCACCUGGUUUUCCUCAUUCUGAUUUACAGACGCAGCUAGAGUUAUUUUGGGGGAGGGUUACAGACUAUUGGCUUACAUUUGAUUCCCUCCCACCAACCUACAUAACCCCUGAAAGGUGCUAUUAGAUGAACUACUACUCUCCUCAGCCUGUGUUUCUGUGUGGGUUGUUGCAGGCAGCUACAGCACCAUCCUACUGCGGUGAAAACUGAAAGCAUCCCCAGUAUCUCUUUGUCAAUGGGAGCAGGGAGGAGCCCACUGCAGCACCAUCUGCAGUGCAGAGAGACGAGGCUGCAGAGGAUCAUGGGAGUUGUAGUCCUCCAGCCCCUCUUUUAUUUAUAACUGCUCUGACUUGAUGUGUCUAGCAACCAGCAUGAACAUGUUUAUAUGGUGACACCAUGCUAGGUGAUGUAUAGCCCCAGUUAUUAGAAGUACACAUGUGAUCCCUCUCACCAGCAUAUGAGGCCCAGUAUGAAUUCCUCUCUUAUCUGUGCUUGGAGCGGAAGAUCUGACCGGCACACAGAUACAGCUCAUAUAUCCCCCAUUCCCAGGCUCUGUUCUACUGGGUCUUCCUGUCUGGAAUUAGACGAGGAGAAAAACACAACCAAACAGAGCUAGGAAGUGGUGCAGUUCAACUUUUCCCUGGGGUAAGGUAGGAAAACAAAUAUUUGUGUAUUUUAUCAGCAAGGCCCUACAACAAAUACUGUAUAUGAGGGAGAUUAUCAGUGGCUUUGGAGGGGAGUUGCCAUUUCAACAGUAUUUUAGGUGUCUCGCUUAAAACAAACCAAUUAGGUAAUGAUAUUUUAGUUAACGAUAAGCAAGCUGGGAGCGUUUACUUAGUUAUACAGAUGGGGGGGGGGGGGCACUAGUUUGGGUAGAAAUACCACAGGGACUUGAUAAAAUUGACAAAAAUCCAUCUCUUGGACAAAAGCAGACGGGCGGAGAUGCAGCAUGUUCUGUGUGUGACAACCAGUACCCCUUCCACAUGCACUAACCCAUACUGCCCCACCCCACCACCACUCUUACAGCUCCAUCCACUUCCACGGCCCUCUGUCUGUCAAGACAAUCUACUAUGACCCUGUCCAACCAUCACCUCUGUGCUUGAGCCCAUCUCAGACUAACACCAUUGGUCCGUUGGCCUUCUGUUGACCCUGCCCUUCUGUAUAUGCAUCAUCAUAUACAGUCCAGUACUAACACCGUCUCUUUUUGUUCAACUCUUCAACAAAAAGCUGCAUGCUGUUUUACUGUUUGGUUUCAAUCCCUCCCACUUGGUUUUCUGUUUGAAAUUUAACAUCUACUCUCUUUGUGAUUAUAAAUAUACUUUUUGGGUUGGUUUGUAUGUUUUUGGUAGAUUUCAGCACCCUGGUGAAUGGUAGUAGAAAAGCUUGGAAUAGUUAUAAUCACAACUGAAACGCAACCUCUUAUUUUUUAUUUUUACAAAUCUCAUUGUUUCUGUUUUCUUUGUGCUUGAUGAUGUACUGUAGUUUGUAGUGGUGCGAAAGUCUUGCAUUUCACUUUUGUUUUACUGCCGUCCCAUAGCGUUAUAACAGUCUCAGUCACGCACCUGAUGUCUUCCUCUCUCCUACACAGUCAUACACACUCUCAACCCUGGGCCUUGUAAUGGUAACCCAAGGCCCUCUUAGCUCUCUCUCUCUCUCUCUCUCUCUCUCUCUCUCUUUCCCCCUCUCUCGCUGUAUUUCUCUCGUGACAGCUGCAUAGUUUUCGUGGCGCUCCCCUGUGUCUUGGUUAUGGAAUCACAACAGGCUUGAGAGUUUCUGGUCCUCUUUCUGUUAACGCAAGAUUUCCAUACCUUGUUUUGUUCCAUUUGUCUGUGUACGAUAGAUCUCGCUCUAUAGCGGUUCAUAUAUGUAUAAGCGUGUGAUACAUAUAUUACCGUCUCCUUUCUCCUCUUCCUCCUUCCCCUCGUACCUCCCAGUCAGCUGAUAUUCUCUGUGUUACAGCAACGAGUAGAACAUGGGACGCUUCAUCCCCAGUUUGUAAGCUUUAGAGGUUUUAAUCAGUUCCUGUAAGGGUAGGCUCCUUCUCUACCCCUCAGUGUGGCCAUAAGGAUGUUAGUACAGAGAUUACACGCUCCUUCCCUCCCUCUUCACCUCCCUCUUCACCUCCCCCUGUGCUGGAAGUCACUGGUGUCACAUGGUGUAGGAGGUGGUGAUGAUUUGGUAGUAGUCCUGUAUGUGUUUGUGACCCGUGCCCAUUAUUGGAAUGUUUUUGGUCUUUUUCUCCUCUGUUCUGUCUGCCAGGAUAACAUUGGGCACCGGCUGCUUCAGAAACAUGGCUGGAAGCUGGGGCAAGGACUGGGCAAAACCAUGCAGGGUAAGGUUUGUUGGAUUCCCUCUGUAUGUCUGUGUGUGUUUCUCCCACUCUACAAUUGACCUCAAUGUAACACCGCCCUUUACAACGUAGGCUAAUACUGGCCUCUCUCAGCUUCCUCCUCUUGGCUUUAUAAACCACUAAACUAUUAUUUCACUUUUCACAAUCUGCUCACAAGUACCUACAGUGCUUUGAUUCCAAGUACGAAAAACCCAACCAAAAUCAAAUUAAAAUCAAGGUAGAUCCUAGUAACCAAAGAUUGCAUCACAUCCUGUAGAAUCACCAACUCCAAGUCUCUUUAGAUUUGAUUUUUUCCCUUUUGAGUGUCUGUGGCUGCCAUGGUUGGGGGUUCUGAUUGGCUGUGACUACGGCUCAGUCUUUUGAAUGGCUUGCAGAGUAGCCCCCCCCCCCAUCUGCCUGUAUCUACCUUCAAACCUGUAUAGUGAGUGUGUACUGUAUGUAUGCGUGCGGUUGUCAUGUGGGACUGAGACGUGUGUAUUUGUGUGUGUCAGUCACUGACGGGGGCCCUAGGGAAAACUUACAGGGAAAACCUCACUCCCCCCUCCUGCACCUAAAAGGUGUCUGCCCCUCCCUCCCAUGUCUACCAACGUCACACACACCCAUCAUCCCUCUCCUUUUGGCCUUCCCCCCCCUGCACAGCAUGCCUGUCCCAGAGGUUCAACCCUGCCUGCCUGGACUGUGUCAGUCAUCUGGGGAUUUAAGCAGUGCUCUGUAUAGGCAACCUGCUACACUCAAAGGACCCUUCAUAUGCUCCAUGGAGAACUUCAAAUUCAACUCUAAAUAGUCAUUUGACUGUUAUUUUCCUGUUGUUGCACACUUACGGUGCUAGACCAAGUCUCCUAAGCACUGCUCAAAGCCCUGUGGCCCCCUUUUUCAGGUACCUCUCUGUCUAUGUUCACCGUCCUGGGGUAAGCAUGUCCCAAACUGAGCUUGCUGACAGUGAGGGGAUUUGGGGGAAUCUAGGCUAACCAGGCUGACAAGACAAACAUCUGUCUGUGAGGCUGACAGAGGGGAGAAUGGUGGCUGUGUGUCGAGUGGUGUUCUGUUGUCAGCUGAUUGGUUGCAUGCUCGUAUCAAAUGAGGCAUGGUCAUUCCUCUUUACUGUACCAGAUGCGAUAGAUAUUUUAACACACGACAAUUAAAGCAUGAUCUGUAGGACAGCCGGACAGGGAGCUUCACCCUGUUCUCCUGUUCCAAGUGGAUCUGUCCUCAGAUUCAGCUGUUUAAACAAUCAUCCCCUACCCUGAAGAACAGAGUCCAACUCAACUCCCCCAGAGCUCUUAUCUGAUGGGGAUGUUAUUGAAGCCAGCUGCUGGCUCUAGCUGUCAUUCUUUGGGGUAGGGUGAAGGAAGAGUGAGGGGUCUUGGGAGUUACUUACCACAGAUUUGGGGCGUACAGGAGAGAGGAACAGGGGGUCCAGGCACCCAUGGGAUAUUGGGGUAGUAAGAGCCAGGACUGGGGACUGGGAUGGUGGGUGAGAGAGUGUGGUGGUGAGAGGAGAUCCCUGUAAGCAUCCAGAGGGCCAAGAGUGAAGAAAGGAGAGGGCUUUAAUUCCCAUCCCCCCCCCAACUCCCAUCCCCACCUCAUCCACCCUUCUCUAUGUGCCUCGAAUCUUCCUGCUUAACCAAUUGGUGUUUCUUUUUUACAGCGAUUUGAUCCUGCCCAUGUUGUGCUGAUGGUAAACUUAGUGGACGCACCGACCCUGUGCCCAUCAUCCUCAAAUAUGAUGUCAUGGGGAUGGGACGCAUGGAGAUGGAGUUGGACGUUGCCGAAGAUGCUACAGAGAAGAGGAAAGUGCUGGAGGUGGAGAAGGAAGUCACAGAGGAAUUACAGCAGAAAUACAAGGACCAGGUGGAAAAGGAGAAGGCCAUUGCUAAAGCCCUGGAAGACCUGAGGGCCAACUUUUACUGUGAGCUGUGUGAGAAACAGUACCAGAAGCACCAAGAGUUUGACAACCACAUCAACUCGUAUGACCACGCUCAUAAGCAGCGGCUUAAGGAGCUGAAGCAGAGGGAGUUUGCGAGAAAUGUGUCAUCACGCUCACGGAAGGGUGGGAAGAAGCAGGAGAAGCGGCUACGCAGGCUGCAUGAGCUGGCUGAGCAGAGGAAACAGCAGAACCGUACCCCGGGAAGUGGUCCAAUGUUCAAACCCACCACCGUGGCAGUAGACGGGGAGAAGGGUGAAGACGGGAAUGCUGUAACCCACGAGUAUGUUCCACCUGCAGACACUGCCAUGGAGGGCUUGUCAGGGGAGGAGAAGAGCAGUGGGGGUCAGGCCUCCCCCAAACCAGCCACCACCAUCAGCUUCUCCCUGGGGAAGAGCAGCUCAUCCCCGGCCGGGGCCUCCAAGGUCAGCGUGUCCUUCUCCUUCGCCAAGAAACCCCCGGUGAAGCUGGAGACGGUCGCAGCAGUGUUCGCUAAACUCCAUCAGGAUGACGAGGAGGAGGAGGGGGGACAGGAGGAGGGAGGGGAGAAGGCCGCGGGACAGGAGGAGACCUCCGGCUGCAGCACCGAGAGCCCCAAGGGAGGAGGAGGGGGGAAUGGAACAGCAGGGCCGGAGGAGGAGGAGGAGGAGCAGCAGGAGGAGGAGCAACUACAUCAAGAACAACCAGAGCAGGAGGAAGAAGAUGAUGGCGCCUCCCUAGCCUCCACCCUCAACAAGCUGAAGAUGAUGAUGAAGAAGGAGGAAGGCUGGGCCGGCCAGGAGCCUGAGUACUACCACUACAUCCCACCAACCCACUGCAGAGUCAAACCCCGCUUCCAGUUCCUGGUGUUCAUGAAGGCCACAGACCAGUGUGAGAUCAGGGAGCAAGAAGAUGAAGAAGAGGUGGAAGAGAAGAAGACCGAGAAGGUGGUAGCAGAGGUUUCUGAGCAGCCAAAAGCUACUGAGUGCAAAUCAGAGGAGCCAGAGAAGACUCCUGCAGCUCCAGUCAUAGAGCCCACUCCUACUCCCACAUCACCUAAACUGAAGACUGAAGAGGCCUCUGCCAGCUUAACAGACCCCCCUCCCACAACAGCCCCCACUGUAGUACCAGACAGCAAGCAGGAGGCCCCAGUCCCAGAGCCCAACUCGGGCCCCAAAAUCCCCAACGGCCCCUUCUUCCUGGUCCUGAGCAAAGACGAGAGCACCACUCUGCAGUGGCCCUCGGAGCUGCUGGAUUUUACCAAGGCUCAGCCCGCCCUCUCUUACAGCUGCAACCCCCUGUACUUCGACUUCAAACUGUCCCGCAACAAAGGGGCCCGUGCUGGACGAGCAGCAAAGUCCUCCAAGCCCGCUGGUGAAGUAGCUGAGAAAAAAACCAAUCCUGAAGCAGCUGCUGCAGUCAAUGAGGGGAAUGCUGCUGCUGCCACCACCACCCCUGGGCCCAGCACUGACAACACUGAUAAGGAGCAGCCCUCCUUAAAAAUAGAGGGUUCCCAAGGGGAGACUGAGGAGCAAAAGCUACAGAGUAGCACAAGCGGAGCCAAGAAGAAGAAGAAAAAGAAGAAGAAGAAGCAUAAGAAAUCUGGCAAAGGCUCCAAGCGCAAAGAAAAAGAGAAGGGAGCCGUAGUGGACGGGGACGCGGAAACUGAGAUCCUAGGAGAGAAAAUCAAAAAGAAGAAAAAACACAAACGAAAGAAGAGCAAAAACAAAGGUGAAGAGGGAGGUGGUAGUGAUAAGGAAAAGCCUAAAGAGGAAAAAGCAGUAGCCGCAACGGUUGCUAGUGCUCCCCCAACACCAGCAGGAUCUGCUACAGGAGCGGAACCAGGGAAGAGGAAACGACCAGCCAAAGAAGCACUUCAGAAGUCCGGGGCAGAGGAAGGUGGGGCAGGGAAAGGCUCUGACGAGGCCAAGCCCUCUGACGAGCACAACGGCACCAAGCGUCUGAAGACAGACCCCAGCGCCCCACCCAGCGCUUCCUGCUCCUCCUCGGCCCAGAAGAGCCCCGGGCCAGGCAGACCACCCAGCAGUGAGAGUGAGGAGGAAGGAGGUGGAGGCUCAGCUUCCCGAUCCAGCCGCCGCAGGUCCACGCCCCGGGAGGGGCGCCGGCACCAGAGCGACGACUCCGGCCGCUCCCGAAGCCGCUCGUCGCGUCGGGGAGACGGGCGAGGGAGCAGCCGGCGGCGGCACCGCGGCCAGGCCUCCCGUAGCCAGUCAGACUCCAGCAGCUCGGAGCGCUCCUCGAGCGCCUACAGCCGGCGCAGCCGCAGCUACUCAGACAGUUACAGUGACGACAGUGACGGGGGGCGCCACCGGAGACACUCUAAACGCUCCUCUGACUCCGAGUACGAUCGACGGGGGAGCGGCGGGCGGCGGCGCUCCAGAAGACGUCACUACUCUUCCUCGUCCUCGGAGGACUCUCGCUCUCGCUCACGCAGCCACAGCCGCAGGAAGAGGCACCAGCGGCGGGACCGGAGCAGCUCUCGGAGCUCUAGCAGCAGGAGCCGCAGCAGCAGCGCCAGGUCGUGGAGACGCAGCUACAGCCGCAGCUCAGCCAGCCGCUCCUCCAGCUCCACCAAGGGCUCCCCUCACCGGGGUCGUGGAGGCCAGGGGGACCACAGGGGCCGGGCAGACAGUGCCACACGGCGCCGAGACUUCAACCGCUCCUGCAUCUACCGUUCCCAGUCCCCCCGCUCUGCCUCAUCACGAGCCCCAAACCGCAACAGCAGCUCCCAGAGCCAGAGGGCAGGGGGGUCCCGGGGAGAAGGAGGGGGAGACCAGAGGAACUCUUCCUCACACUUCACCGCCCGCCAGCUUCUGGAUAAGAUCCAGUCCAGGAAGGGAUCUGAUGUCCCAACCACAGGGACCAAGUCUGGCGCCAAGAUCAAGGACCCACCAUCGGGCUACUUUGGGCCCAAACUGCCUCCAGCUCUGGGCAAUAAGUCCAUGCUGCCCCUGUUCGGUAAGCUGCAGGCAGGGAAGAAAUUCCCUGCGAUCCCCCUGACCCGGCCCGAUGGUGGAGAGAAGUCAUCAGCAGGGAAAGGUUCAGAUGCCGGAGGAGAGGUCAUCCUGAUGGAGCCCAUCCGGGAGUUCCCCCCACCGCCUCCCCCUCAACCAGCUCAUAAGAAGGUGGAGGAGACGGUAGUAGUAGUCCAGGAGGCCCGCCACCUCACCCUGGACACGCGGGUACUUCAUGAGCCCCGGCCGCUGUUCCAUCAGGAACCCUCCAUGCUGAUGCCCCCAUACCAGGGUGAGCCGGGACAGGACCCCUCCCAGAACCCCAUGAUGGAGCCCCUCAUGCCCGACAUGCAGCAGCAGCCACCCCCCAUGCACGCCUACCCCAACUACCCCCCGCCCAGCCUGGAGGAGGAGGACAUGGGUGUGGAGGCAGAGGAGAACAGUCUGGCCCCGCUGGAGAGCCAGCCCAUCACCUUCACCCCAGAGGAGAUGGAGAAGUACGGCAAGCUGCAGCAGGCCGCCCAGCAGCACAUCCAGCAGCAGCUCCUGGCCAAGCACAUCAAGACCUUCCCCUCAGCCGCAGCAGCACAGGCUGCAGCAAACAUGGCUGCAGCAGCGAACCAUCUGCAGCCGGCACCCCCUCCCCCCCAGCAGCAGAUGAUCCAGAUCCACCAGCCUGCCGUGUCUGCAGCCUCGGCUACCUCCAUCACCACAGUACAACACCUCAUCCAGCAGCACCAUGCUGCUCAGGCUGCAGCCAUGGGCAUCCACCCACACGGCCCCCACCCGCACCCCCAGUUAGCCCAGGUCCACCACAUCCCCCAGCAUCACCUCACCCCCAUCUCCCUGUCUCACCUGGGACACUCUCUGGGCCACACUCUGGGCCACCAGCUGGGAGUGGGACACGCUGGACUGAUCCCUGCCCAUCACACGGCCUUCCUCUCUGGCCAGCCCAUACACAUUAUCCCAGCCUCAGCACUUCAUCACCACAGCCCCUUAGCACUCCACCACAUACCACACUCAUCCCUCUACCCAACGCUGUUCGCCCCCCGGCACUCUAACGCCGCUGCGGCAGCCGCACUGCAGCUCCACCCCUUCCUGCACCCCAUCUUCUCAGGGCAGGACCUCCAGCACCCCCCUAACCACGGCUCCUGAGAAAGAUCUUCACUAGAGCCAUGUGUCCACAUCAGAGGAGGGUGUUUUGGCCAGAGAAGGCCUGGUUAAACAUCUGAGUUAACAUGGAGAGAGGAAGGUGUCGUGGCACCAUUGUGCAGCAGGUGAUGAUGAGAAUAUCAUCAGACUGGCCACCAUUAGACCACUGGCCAGACAGAGGUGCUGUGAUAUGCUGCCUGUGCAGAGGUAAACAACAGACAUUUACUGUGGGCUCUUUGAAUGGACCCCUCCGAACAGUUGAUUGACAUUCACCCUGAGGUUUCUGGACAGGGUGGAGGAGGGUUUGAGGCAACCUCAAAUCUAAGACGGCAGUUUGUUUUGAAUGGGAACCCAGUUUAAAAGAAGAAAAAAAAAACAAGCAGAAACCUCUGGAGUAUUUUUUUUUGUCCCACAGUUUAUAACUGAUUGUCGCUGUCAAUGUUCUUCUUUGUUUUCUACAGCCAAAGAGACGCAGUGGCUGAAGCCAUAAGCAGGAUGGUGUUGUGGGAAAGGAAGGGGGAGAUGAGAUGGGGACAAGAGGUUUAGGGUGACAUCCAUGACUGGAAUCAGCCUUGACUUUGUAAUGUAAUCUGGUGGAUCUAGUCUACUGCCUGAAUUAUUUUGUCAUUAAUAUCUAAUGUUCUCACAUGACUACUUGCUCUCUUCAUGACCCGUAAUAUUCACCAACAAUUUGUAAUACGGUGUAGUGUACAUAGAUCACUGAGCAAUGUGAAGUAUCCCUCUAAUAUGAUGGGCAUAUAAGGGAUGUUCUUUAUUACUGACUAAUGAAAUGUUGCCCAUAAGGAAAUGAAAAUGGUCACCGGUGGGGGAACAACGAUAAGAGGUUGGGUGAAGCUCAUGUUUUAUUGGAGGUACUGUGGAGGGGGGGGUUACACCCGCUUAGUGCUGUAGGGUUAAAGGUCAUGUUGUUCCAAGUGGUAGUGGUUGUAUAUCGAAAUGACUUGCACUGAAAUCUGUACAUCAAGAUGCUGCUUUCGCAUCAUGUAACAAAUGUAUGAUUGUAGUAUACUGCAAUAAUUGUAUUUUUUUUUUUUUGUUUCUAAAUUAUUUUCCAAAAUGCUCCUCAAAAGGAGAUGUUUUUCCUCUUGUGUAAUUUUUGCUCAGUGUAAAUAAAAUUGCUGUAGUUAACCCCAAUAACAUUCUAGGGGUUUGUUGCUACUGAAAACAAAAGAACUGAAGGAAUGAGGAUGGACAAGAAUACUUUAUCAAGGCAUUUUCUGAACUAUUCUGUAUGGGAAGGAUUGGAUGACGGGACUGCCCUGUAAGGGGCAGCAAUGGUAUGUCUUUUUUAAAUAUGAUGCGUCAGCAAAUAAAGAGUUUUGAGUUGCUA